AUGAUUUCCAUCCCAUGGACCUGGCCCCGCUCCGAGACGGCUGCCGACUACUCCAGUGCGGUGGUCCCGCUCGACGAGGCACAUCAGCACAGCCACUCCUACCGGCUACGGCCGCGACCCGAGUCCGGGGAACGGCGGGGCGAUGGGGUACCUGGCCAUGGCGAUGACCACGGCGACGACGACGACGGAGCAGACAAGGACGGCGAGGAGGGGGACACGGCUAUGCUUGUCAUGACCAAUGCCGCAGCCGGGUACAGCAUUGAAGGGCUGAGGAGGGAGGUGCGGAGGGGGAGGAGAGGCGAGAAGUGGACGGCUUACGAGAUGAAGUCGAAACUCAUCAACAAGGCCAUCCAGGAUAUCGGCAUGGGGAGGUACAACUGGCAGCUGUUUGUGCUUUGCGGGUUUGGGUGGUUCGCCGAUAACCUGUGGAUGCAGGGCGUAUCACUUACACUUCCCUCUCUCUCGGCCGAAUUUGGAGUCUCAGAGAAGUCAGUCCGCUACACGACGUCUUCUUUGUUUGUCGGCUUGUGUCUCGGCAGCUUCUUCUGGGGCAUUGGCUCAGACAUCCUGGGCCGGCGUAUAGCCUUCAACCUAACCCUUCUCAUCACCAGCGUCUUCGGGACUGCGGCAGCAUACGCGUCGAGCUGGGCCGGCGUAUGCCUUUCUUUGCUGACCCUUCUCUCCGUGUGGUGGCCGGUUGGUCAGCUCUGCUCGUCCCUUUUUGCCUGGUUCUUCAUUGCGAACUGGCCAGUGGAUCAAGGAUGGCGCCACUUUGUCCGGACAAUCGGCAUCAUCACCUUCGUCAUGUUUCUCAUCCGUUUUUUCCUCUUUCACAUGUUUGAGUCUCCGAAAUACCUCCUAUCGCGGGGUCGACAGGCCGAGGCGGUUGCCGUGGUGCAAGGCAUAGCGCUGAAAAACGGCAAGAAGACUUGGCUGACCGAGGAGGUUUUGGAUGCGGUAGUCGAGGACUCGGCCCCUCGCGUCCACACACGUCUCUCGACCAGGAACAUCAUCCGGAACAAGCUCGCCUCUUUCUCGGCCGAACGCAUCCGGCCGCUCUUUAAUACCCGCAAGCUCGGCCUGACUACGACCCUGAUCUGGUUCAGCUGGGCUACAAUCGGGCUGGGCUACCCUCUCUUCAACGCCUUCCUUCCCCAAUACCUCUCCCACGGCGGGAACGGCGGCGGCGGCGGCGGCGGCGACAACACGGGCGAUAUCCCGGCAUCUGAGAUUACAGGCGAGACGUACCGCAACUACGCCAUCACCAGCGUCGUCGGGGUGCCCGGCAGUCUGCUAGCGGCGUACUCGGUCGACAUGAAGUCGCCGUUCCUUGGGCGGCGCGGCACGCUGGCCAUAUCGACGCUGGUGUCGGCCGUGUUUCUGUUCAUGUUCGUCCGGCUGGGCAAGUCGCCGACGUCGCAGCUGGUCUUCUCGUGCGUCGAGGCGUUUGCGCAGAACAUCAUGUACGGCGUGCUGUACGCGUUCACGCCCGAGAUCUUCCCCGCACCGGUCCGCGGGGCCGGUACCGGGGUGGCGAGCUUUUUGAACAGGGCGACGGGCUUGAUGGCGCCCAUUAUUGCUGCGACGGUGCCUGGGGACGGGACAACGGCGCCGGUGCAUCUCUCGGCCGCGCUGAUCUUGGCUGCCUUCGUGGGCAUCUGUAUGAUUCCGAUAGAAACAAGGGGGAGGCAAAGGUUGUAGAGUGUCUUUUCCCUAUCAGUAUUCAUCGAGCAUUGUUGGAUAGGCGUUGUGGGCUCGCGAGUCCAGGUUCGGCGCACACAAAAAUAUAUACACACACACAC